AUGAUGCGUCCCCGUGUGGAGUUGAGCGACUUCAAAGUUGAGAGACGUUCAAGAAAUCAUGCAAACUCAUUCGUUGUCGUCGUCGAGACCAUAUUUGACGAGAUUCAAGUUUCUCCAAGCUUUCGCAUCAAUAUCAGUCUCCCUAGUUACUUAGGUCAUCGCCAAAUCCAGAGGCUCAUCCAAGAUCAACUGAUCAGUGGCCGUUGGUUAGCUCCAAAGAUCUCAAGGGCUGCAACCAAGUUAGGCUUUAGCCGCAGAGAGAUUCUCGAAGAUUCUUUCGUUAGCCACCGUUGGUUAUCUAAUUUUCUAGCUUCAGAUAUCUCAGAGGCUGCAGCCGGGUUAGGUUUUGGUCGUGAAGGUUUUAUUGCGACGAUCACCGUCAAGAUAACCCCUUCUCCAUCGAAGGUGUUGGCGAGCAUGGUUCAACUAGGGAAGAUGAGCAAAGAAGACUUGAAGGGUUCUAAGAUGGGAAGAGAACCCUGUUCCAUCUGUCUCGACAAUCUUGGUGGUUCGAAUCCGAAACAUGGCGUACCUACUCGCAUGACCUGUUCCCAUAUCUUCCACGAUGCUUGUCUCUUGGUUUGGCUUCAGCGCAGAAACACUUGCCCUUUGUGUCGGACUGUGCUGUACCAUGAUCGAUGA